GAAGGUUGCUCCUUCCUCCUCCCGGCCGGACCAACUAACAACUUCACAGGUGUGUUAGGGGAGGAAGAUUUUUUUAAAAAAAAAUAGUGUCACAAGAAGGCGAGACAGAGAAGAUCCUAUUUAUUUGAUAUUAUGUUUGGCUGCCGGGCAGUUAAACGAAUCCCUGAGUCCUGACAGGGGAAGAAAAUUGGAAAGGUAAUAAGGGAUGGUGACAGAAGCAGGUGAGCUUGUACCUGUUUGUGUCAUGGAACUGAAGGGGUUCCAUCCCCCCAUGAGAAAAGAAUGAGGAUGUAUGAGCAUGAAGUAUAUCUAUUUAUUGCUACUGAGCCCAAUUCAAGGUGUUCUAAUUGGUGUAUAAAGCCCUCAAUAGCUUAUUAGGAGCAGUUGACGUCUGAGCUCACCUGACCCCAAAUAUGCCCACUUAGCUGCUUCCAUCUGUGGAACAGGCACUGCCACAGGUGCCACAGAAAUAUUCACCCUGCAUUUAUAAUAAUUAGAUAUUUUAGUGUGGUAGCACCUAUACUUUGGAACUCUCUGCUGGUUUGAUAUCAAGCAAGUACUUCCAUUGUGCUCUUUUCGGCGCUUGCUAAGGACUUUUCCCUCAGGCAAGGCUACCCAGAUUGGUGAGAUUUUUAUAUGUGUUUUUAGUUUACAGGCAGAUUUUAAUUCUUUAAGAAAUGUUUUCAGUAGUUGUUUUUACCAAAAAUUGUAUCGUUUUAUUCUGUUUUGGGGUGUGUUUUUUUUGUUUUUUUACAAUGAAGCAAUGUAUAAAUUUUAUGAAAUAAGACAAAUACGUAUAUACACCCACCCAUUCAAAGGUAUUGCUCACCCUCUCGCAGCAAAGGCACCUGAGACAGUUUGCAAUAAAAUCCAGUCUAAAAUGUAUAUUGUGAAAUCAAGUCAUCAUUUGCUUACUGUUGCCCAUAACCUCCAGUUCAGUGCCGGAUUUACGUAUAAACUAAACAAGCUAUAGCUUAGGGCCCCACUCUCUUGGGGCCCCCCCAAAAAAUUAAAGGAAAAACAACAACUGGAUGUACAUUUCUAAAAUAUAAGAGAAAAAGCAAAUGAAAUAAAAUCUACAUACAGCAACAAUGUUUUGUGUUGUGUAAGCUCCUAUUUGUUAUGUGCAAAUGGCUUUAGAUACCUAUUAGGUCCAUCAAUUACCAUAUAGCAUAUAAGGUAAAGGUAAAGGGACCCCUGACCAUUAGGUCCAGUCGUGACCGACUCUGGGGUUGCGGCGCUUAUCUCGCUUUAUUGGCCGAGGGAGCCAGCGUACAGCUUCCGAGUCAUGUGGCCAGCAUGACUAAGCCGCUUCUGGCGAACCAGAGCAGUGCACGGAAACGCCGUUUUACCUUCCCGCCGGAGCGGUACCUAUUUAUCUACUUGCACUUUGACGUGCUUUCGAACUGCUAAGUGGGCAGGAGCAGGGACCGAGCAACAGGAGCUCACCCUGUCGCGGGGAUUCGAACCGCCGACCUUCUGAUCGGCAAGUCCUAGGCUCUGUGGUUUAACCCACAGCGCCACCCGCGUCCCUCAUAUAGCAUAUAUUCAACACAAAAAACAGUGACAAUUUGUUGUUGACAAAGGACAGCUGGGCAUAUAAAGGGCCCCAUUACCUUCAGUAGCUUAGGGCCUCAUGAAACCUAAAUCCGGCUCUGCUCCAGUUCUUCCUUUGCCUGGAGUUUGGCCAAUGGGACCUGCUGCUUGUUCUUCCAGAGGCUGUGAUCUGUCUGAGCUGCGGCUGCUGGUGGCAAUGGAGCAGUAUGUGCUGCUGGAUCCCCGGCAGAAGGCCUUGUACCACGACGUCAUGCAGGAGAGCUACGAGACGCUGAUGGCACUUGGUAGGUUGAUGUUGGCUGCCUCCUCCUCUCCUCUGCCCAUAAACUUUUACAGGGGGAAGCCAGUGACGUGAAGCAGAAAACCUCCAAAACGUGUGUUUUUUCCUUCUGCGGAAAGUCUUCUGUUUCAUAAGUUCAAUCGUGAAAACUAAUUACAAAUGCAAUAUUAGGCAAUUGUCAAACUGCUCAGCUUUGUUUACUAAAUACAAAUAAAAUGUGCAUGCUAAUCGGGAUCACUCUCUAGGGCUUUGGAACGUUUUCCGAUGCAAGCUGAAAAUGGUUCUGAUGGAAAUUAGCCUUAUGCAGAUAACCCUAAUUUGCAUAGGAAAAUUCCCCAGGUUAUUUUCAAAUUCAGAUUUUCCCCCAAAAACCCAGAUUACAGGGGUGGGGUGGGGGUUCAGGGGGUUGGCCCACAUCUUCACAGAGUCUGUUGCUAAGGGAGUGGUGCCCUCUCUGCAUGCCAUCUGGGGAGAUGAACUCCAUUUUGUAUACGGGAAUGUUCAUAUUUAUAUCGGGGUGGCGGCAGGAGUGAGAAGAGAUGUGCCGAAACGUUUAUGAUUUUGUUGCUUGGUGUAAUUGCUGCUGUCAGCUUAAAAGUAAGAAGUGCUAAAUUGGCACAGAAAUGAUUUCUGUUUGUGUGCCAGCUUUCAAGUUACACAGACUCAUUCACUGGAGAAUUUCCAGUUCUUUGCAACUGUGAGAGCCCAGGCUUUUUUUAAAAGAAAAGGAAAAGAGAUGAGACUUUCAGGAAUUCUGAGCUUGCAUAGUGAACACACAAAUAUGGCAUGAGAAUAAACAGGUUCAAAGUUCAGUUCCCUGACCACUGAGUAAACAGAGAGGGUUUCCACAGUUCAGAUCGAUAUUCUGCUUUCAGUAUCGACACUGAGCUCACAAUCUUUAUAUAUAAAAAAUAAUUAUUGGUCUCCUUGCUCCUUGCCCAAACAUUCUUAGUUUCAGAAGCCAAAUAUUGGGGUGGGUGGUGGGUUUGUUGCUGCUGUUAAAACAUGGGGAGUCAACAACGCUUACUGAUCUAUUUCAAAUCACCCAUAGAUUUAGCAGGAGAUCCUGCCCACAUUGGCCUAAAAAUAGUUGAGAUAUGGGUGGCGGUGGUUGAUUUAUAAGCUGAACUAAAGCUGCAUUCCCUCCUCUUCCCCCCACCUCAAUCUUUUCAACUGAGAAGAAUUUCCACUGUCCAAGCCUGACUUGCUGUCCCGAUUGGAACAAGGAGAUGAGGCGACAACCUUUGACCUGCAGGACCCGAGUGUCAUCCUUCCAGGUGAGUCAUGGGCUUUCCUAAAAUUCUUUGCUGCAGAUAUUCAGAAUAAGCCCUGCCAGUCCUGCCUUCCACGCACUGGGGAUGAAUCCCACAGGGAGCUUAAAGGCAGAGAGCCGGACUCCAUAUGUUUGGUCCAGUGCAUAGACAGCAGCUGGCUGGCUGGCAGAGGACAUGAGAGUGGGGUGCACAGGCAGUCAAGGGGUGGGGGCAGAAAAGGAGAAGUGAUAUUAGAAGCUGAACAUAGUUCCUGAAUACACUAAGGUCCAGCUGCGAGGGCCUUCUGGUGGUUCUCUCACUCCGAGAAGUGAGGUUACAGGGAACCAGGCAGAGGACCUUAUCGGUGGUGGCGCCCACCCUGUGGAACACCGCAUCAAACCUAUAUUCAGGCCUAUUUGUGUAACUGGCUCCUCCUUUUUCCUCUUCCUGUCUCUCCAGCCAUCGGUGGCAACAUGGAGGAAGAGAAUCUUCCUGCACAGAAGGACCCCAAAGAGGUGGAGCCGGCAGCAGAAGACUCCGAGAGUCCCAGGGGUGUUGAUCUGAGCAGUAGCAUCCUGGCUGAGACCCCCCUGCCGCCCGCUCCGCCUUCAUCCCCGCCCCCUCCUCCUGCCGCCCUCCACAACCCCAACAACUGCCUCCAGUGUGGCAAAACCUUCAGCCACAAGUCCGCCUUGGUGAAACACCAGAAGAUCCACACGGGAGAGAAGCCCUAUGAGUGCGAGGAGUGCGGGAAGGGCUUCAUCCAGCGCUCUGACCUGACGAUCCACCAGAGAACCCACACAGGGGAGCGGCCGUACCACUGCCCCGACUGCGGGAAGAGCUUCAGCGUCAGCUCCACGCUGCUGACCCACCAGCGGACCCACGCGCCGGGGGGAGAGAAGCCCAACCGCUGCCCCGAGUGCGGGAAGUGCUUCAGCGAGCCGGCGGCCCUGGAGCGGCACCGCAAGAGCCACGCCGGAGAGAAGCCCCACGAGUGCGCCGACUGCGGGAAGAGCUUCGCCUGGAGCUCCCACCUGGAGAGGCACCGGCGGAUCCACACCGGCGAGAAGCCCUACAAGUGUCCCGAGUGCGGGCGGGCGUUCGCCUGGAGCUCGCACCUGGAUCGCCACAGGCGAACGCACGCCGGGGCGGCUCUGCCCGAGGAGGCGCCGCCCUCAAAAUGCGCGGAUUGCGGCAAGCGGGUCAACCACAUCACUCAGCCUCAGCGCUUCAAGCACAAAGCCACCCAGACCCCUCUGGAGCACGAGGAUGCAGAGGCGGCGGAGGAACAGGAGGCUGAGGCCGAGGCGCGGCCCUAUCCGUGCGCCGUCUGUGGGAAACGCUUCAGCCAGAGCUCCAAUCUGCUCAAACACCAGCGUGUCCACACAGGGGAAAAGCCCUACCAGUGCCCGGAAUGUGGGCGGCGGUUUAGCUGGUGUUCCGCCCUCCUCAAGCACCAACGCGCCCACAGCAACAGCAGGCCGCACUCCUGCCCAGAGUGCGCCCGCAGCUUCCGGGACCCUGCCUCUCUGGCCAAACACCAGCUCAGCCACACUGGCGGGAAACCUCACCAGUGUCCCGACUGCGACAAAAGCUUCGGGUGGAGCUCGCACUUGGAGCGGCACCGGCGUAUCCACACUGGGGAGAAGCCCUACGAGUGCGGGGACUGCGGCCGGGGGUUCACGGUGGGCUCCCACUUGGAGAGGCACCGGCGCAUCCACACCGGGGCCCGGCCCCACGGCUGCGGGGAGUGCGGCAAGACCUUUGCCGUCGGUGCCACACUGGCCACCCACCGGCGCCUCCACGACGCCAAGUCCAAGCCUCACCGCUGCCCCGAAUGCCGGAAAGGGUUCAGCAGCGCGGCGGUGCUUGAACGUCACCGCCGGUUGCACCGCGGAGAGAAGCCCUACCAGUGCGAUGUCUGCGGCAAGGGCUUUGCUUGGAGCUCGCACUUCGACCGCCACCGGCUCUCGCACACCGGAGAGAAGCCCUUUCCGUGCGCCUACUGCGGGAAGUGCUUCGGCCGCAGCUCCCACCGUAACCGGCACCAGCGUGCUCACGUGGUCUCCGAAGACCAAUGCCCGCCGCAGAGCAACCAAGACGAUGCAUCUCUGGCAAUGGCCGUGCCCGAAUGGUGGGAAGGGGACGGCGAAAGGAGGGUCCCGCUGGAGCAGCAGGAAGUCUGGUCGUCUCCACUAGAUCCCGUUGGCCCUUUCCCGUGGGUGGCCAAAUCUGCUGGUGAUGCAUGGAGGACCAUAGGGGGAAACGGUUUGGGGCAAGAGGCCGAGAGUUUGACAGCCCCUGCCAGAAGCUGGACUCAGCCAGUUGCUCACAUGCCCACUACUAACCCCCCUUGAUCGAUGCUGUGCAAAUCUCAUUCCCAUUUGCUUCCCCUUCUGCUGUUCACACACAGAAACACUUAAACACUUCCCCCUUACCCAGUAAACCAACUGUAGCUGGCUUGAAAGACAGGUCCGUAUCUGCCUUGCCUCCUCACAACUCCAUGGGCCAAAUUCGACGGGUGAGCAGGGCCCACAUCACGGGAUGCUGUGCUUUGAAGGCCCAGCACUCAGUUGAUUGUUGGCACGUCAAAGCACCACACAGAGCUCUGCAAGGGACCCUGUGCUGUGCUUUGAGGUACUGCCAACCAAAUGAUCUUUGCGGCUUCGGAAGCCGUUUGUGGCCCUACCCAACUGUCUUUUUAUGUGCCUGCAUGUGAUGUCAUAUAUGACACCUGGUGAUUGGCAGGUGGGUGUGGCUUGGCUAAAGUCCCUUACCCCUAGUUAAAGAGCUGAAGUUGGGCUGAGAGCCAAAGUUGCGUGACACGAGGAAGGAAGUGGGACCCACUGAAUUGUUCGUAUUGCAAGUUCAGGUUCUGGUUGCCAAGGGGGUCUCAUUGGACUCAGCUGUGUCACAGAGUGUGGCAGAGGCUGGAAACAUGUCAUGUCCAACUUUCAGAACGACCCUCUCCCUCCACAGAUGAAACCACUGGCACCCUAGAAUGAAGAAGAUCCAAGAGGACACAAGCAAAGAAAAAAUAGGAGUACAGUGGUCCCUUGGUUCUCAAACUUAAUCCAUUCUGGAAAUCCGUUCCAAAACUAAAGCUUUCCAAAACCAAGGUGCACUUUCCCAUAGAAAUGCAAAAUGGAUUAAUCCAUUCCAGACUUUUAAAAACAACCCCUAAAACAGCAGUUUAACAUGAAUUUUACUCUCUAACGAGACCAUUGAUCCAUAAAAUGAAAGCAAUAAUCAAUGUACUGUAUUAUAAAAUAAAUAAGUGUUGCAGAUGAU